CGACCACGCAAUCGAAUUAUACAAAUUAAAAUGGAAAUUUAAUUUGAAAAAAAAAAUGAAUUGGACUGACUCUCGUUGAUGGUGGUGUUUCUAAGGCAAUGAUAUCCGUGGCGGUUGCCGUUAACGGCGUCCGUGGCGGCAAAGGCGGUGGAGGAAGCCGCCGCGCUGUGAGAUGGGCCGUCGAGAAUCUCUUGCCGACCGCCGAUCGCUUCAUAUUGGUUCACGUUAUGCCCAAAAUCACCUCCAUCCCCACCCCAAUGGGGGAUCUUGUGGCUGUCUCAGAACUUGAUGCAGACGUGGUAGCUCUUUAUGUUCAUGAUGUGAAACAGAAAUAUGAACAAGUUUUUGUCCCUUUUAAAAAGUUAUGUAGAAGAGAAAAGUUUCUUCUACUGGUAGAAACUUUGGUUUUGGAGGAUGAUAAUCCUGCCACUGCACUUUUGAGAUAUGCAUCUGAAUCUGGGAUUAAACGCUUGGUUUUGGGUUCUUGUUUUAGAACUUGCGUAGCAAGGAAGCUAAAAGGGGAUUCAGUACCCUCUGCUAUUAUGAGAACUGUUCAUAGUUCUUUUGAUAUUCAUGUUAUAUAUAAGAGGAGAGUUAUCACACGAAAGGCUAGUACUGCUCCGUCCAAUGAAACUGACUCGAGGCAGUGGAUGCUCGGUGACACAGAUUACUACAGGGGUUCCAGUGCUGCUAGUGAAAAAUCAUUGGGAACUUUCUCUUCUUCUUCCUUGUCGAUUGGACAUCGAAGGGGUGAUAGCCUCAAAGUUAACUCUACCGAGGAACUGAACUCUUUGAAUACUCUGACUGAGGAGGAAGAUAUGCAGGCCGAAGUUGAAUCUUUGCAGCUAGAACUAGAGACCACUGUUUCCUUGUACAAACAAGCUUGUGAAGAACUAGUUCAUGCUCAGAAGAAGGUUCAGUCACUUACAUCAGAAUGCCUUGAAGAAUCAAGAAGAGUAAAUGCUGCUUUGGAAAGGGAACAAGCUUUGAGGAAAACUGUUGCUAAAGAGAAAGAAAAACACUUGGAAGCCAUUAAAGAGCUUGAGGAGGCUAAAGACUUGCUGGCUAAAGAAGCUUAUGAAAGGCAGCUGGCUGAGCUUAAUGCCUUAAAGGAGUCCGUGGAGAAGCAGAAAAUUGUUGAUACUCUUCUGACUAAUGAUAGGAGAUAUAGAAGAUAUACUACUGCCGAAAUUGAAGCUGCGACAAAUUUCUUCGAUGAAGUUAAUGUGAUUGGCGAGGGAGGAUAUGGGAAAGUCUACAAUUGCAGUCUCGAUCAUACCCCUGUAGCGAUUAAGGUUUUUCAACACGACAUAUUCAAGAAAAAAGACGAGUUUCUGAAAGAGGUUGAAAUUCUUAGCCAGAUACGUCACCCACACGUGGUUUUACUGCUUGGAGCUUGUCCCGAGCGAGGUUGCUUGAUCUAUGAAUACAUGGAAAAUGGAAGCUUAGAUGACCAUAUCUUGCUCCGGAAUGGAAAAGCUCCCCUCCCUUGGUCUACUAGAUUUAGAAUAGUUUUUCAAGUAGCUUCUGGACUUGCAUUUUUACACAAUUCAAAGCCAGAGCCUAUUAUUCAUAGAGAUCUCAAACCGGGUAAUAUCUUACUGGACAGAAACUUUGUAAGCAAAAUCUCAGAUGUUGGAAUGGCUAAGAUCAUCGGCGAUAUCGUGCCUGACAAUGUCACAGAGUACCGAAACACUAUCCUCGCCGGUACUCUACACUACAUGGAUCCUGAAUAUCAGAGAACUGGCACACUCCGGCCAAAGUCGGAUACAUAUGCACUUGGAGUAACAAUUCUGCAGUUGUUGACUGGACGACAGCCACAUGGUCUUCUUCUUGCUAUCGAAAAUUCGAUUGCAAGUGCCUCCCUUGCAGAUAUUCUGGACAAAUCAAUUAGUGACUGGCCUCUAGCUAAAGCUGAAGAGCUAGCUCGACUCGCGUUGAAGUGCUUGAAACUUAGAUGCAGGGAUAGGCCAGAUCUUGAAUCUGAAGUUCUUCCAGUCCUUAAAAGGCUUGUUGAUUUUGCAGAUACUUGUGAAAAUGAAGACAAAGGUUUUGCUAAUCCCCUAAGCCACUACUUCUGCCCAAUCCUCCAGGAAAUCAUGGAGGAUCCUUAUAUAGCAGCUGAUGGCUUUACUUACGAGUAUGUAGCCAUUAAAGCAUGGCUCGAGAAAUACGACAUAUCGCCGGUGACAAAGCUUAAGCUCCAGCAUUCUCUUUUUAUUCCAAACCACACUUUGCGUUCUGCCAUACAAGAGUGGAGGUCAAGAGUGACAGUUUCAUCUUCCUAAGUUGGAAAAUUUGUUUGUAAUUGUCUCAAGCAUUCUUAUGGGGGUUUUUCCUUUUUCCAUUUUUUAGAAAGAGAACAUCUUUGUUAAUAUCUGUAUAGUUAACAGAAAAAUUUCAGGAAAGUUUGGUAUUAUUUUGUGCCGUGAACUACUUUCAGUAUUCCAAGUUUAUAAAGAGUAAAUAAUAUACUUCAUGGUGAUGGGAGGGAGGCUCUUUCCUUCCUUUUU